GCCCCGUUGAUGAGAAAGUGGGCGUGCUCGGUCCUCCUCAAUCUAUUAUCAUAAUGAUGAAUCACCUAUACUAUGAGAUCUGUUGUUUUCUUGGGAUCUUUGAACGUGUGUGUUUUUUAAAAUCGUGUGUGUGUGUAGGUUACCACUACAUCAGCCUGAAGAACGAGAUGAAUCAACCUCUGAUGCUGCCCUCCCUCCUGGUCUACACCGAGGCUCAAGACUACGUUCCUAAUGAACAUCAGGAGUAUGCAGAAGCAUUGACCAACCCCAUGAAACAUUACAGUCUCCUGGUCCAGAGAGACAGACAGCUGGCGUCUCUAAUGGAGGACAACAGUGAGAGUGUUUUUGAGCAGCCAAAGGAGGGAGGGCCGGAUUUGGAAGGUGACGCCCCUCUUGUGAAGAUCCCCUCCCCCCUCCAUCCCGUCCCCGCCCCCGUCGAUGACAUCGUUGACCUCACCAGCUCACCUGGUCCAGUUUCAGGCCAGAAAGAGGAUCUUAUUGCAAUAGUCCUGACAAAUCUCCAGGCUCAGUCUAUUGAAGAGCUGAAACAGCAGAGGUCAUAUCUGAAGCUGUUUAACAAACAGUGUAAAGAACUCCAAGAGCUCCGUAAGAAACACCUGAAGAAGGUAUGGUCCCUGAGUAAAGAACAGAAGAGUCGCUUUAGCCAGCUCCACUCUGACACACAGAAACAACGCAGUCAGAUGGAGAAACACCUGAAAUCCAGCAUGAAGAAGAAGUAAGAUGGAGGGAUGAAGAGGGGCAGGAUGGGUGAUGAAGAGGGGCAGGAUGGG